CAUGUUCUAUUUUGCCACGAUGUCCACUGCAUUCAUGUGAUCAUUCACUUAAUUACAAUCAUGCUAUUACAGCGAAUACGGCCUGACACAUAGAUUGCUGUUUCUUGCCUCGACUUUGGUUGUCUAACGAUCCCAAUGCCGACUCUUAGUCUUAGUCUGCACUGCUUUGCCGUUCAAAUUUUCCAGUUGCAUUUCAAACUCCAAGUAAAUGCUCUGACCUGCCAGGAUGUUCACUCUCACGAUUGGAUGGAGCUGUUCCAUCAAAUCGCAGACGCCGUCCUGAAGUCAAUAGCCAGCGAGGCUCACGAUAGAGUUAUGGUUGUAUUCACCUGCUCGGUGACGUAUACUAGGAAGCAAAUUUCUAUUCGAGAGUGUCAUGUCUUCCCACAGUAACAGUCAUGAUCACAGUGUGCCGCGGCAGAUAACAAUGCAUACUUGUACAAAAGACAUGAAAAACAGCUGGGCUGCAGCCCAAUCUGCGUGACAGUUGAAUAUCAUG